AUGUCAUCCACCAUCAAGCCCAUUCAGCUCUACGGUAGCAUCCUUGGCCCCAAUCCCCAGAAAGUCGCAAUCGUCCUCACACUCCUGGAGCUUCCAUUUGAAGUCGUAUCAGUCCCCUUCACCAAAAUAAAAGAACCUGAGUACGAAGCUAUCAAUCCAAAUGGCCGCCUACCUUCGAUCCAUGACCCAAACACCGACCUGACCAUCUGGGAGAGCGGUGCCAUCAUCGAGUACCUUGUCGAACGUUAUGACACCAAGGAACCCCGCAAGCUCAGCUUCACGCCGCAGAGCGCAGAGGCCGAGCUUGCACGCUCGUUCCUCCACCUCCAGAUCUCUGGUCAAGGGCCGUACUACGGGCAGGCGUAUUGGUUCAAGAAACUCCACGGGGAGAAGAUCCCAAGUGCAGUGAAGCGCUAUGUCGACGAAGCCAAACGCGUGACGGGUGUACUUGACAAGUGGUUGGCCAAGCAGAAGGAGGCCAACGGCAGUGAUAUUGGGGAUGGUCCCUGGCUGGUCGGCAAUAAGUUGUCGUAUGCUGAUGUGGCGUUCAUUCCUUGGCAACUGACAGCACACACUGUAUACGCCGAUGAAGGGUUCGACGUUGAUGAGUUCCCAAAUGAGAAGGAUUGGUUUGAGCGCAUGGUUUCAAAGAAGCACAUCAAGGCUGUUCUGGAUUCUGCGAAUGAGCAGCGGGCCAAUUUGUCGAAAGAGUGA